AUGUCCAGCGAAAAGGUUGCCACCGAUAGCAAUCGUGACGUAGGUACCGAAGCCAUCGAACGCUACUCCGUCUUCACCAAAGCCGAAAAAUGGUGCAUCGUUGCACUAGCAUCAUACGCAGCGUGGUUCUCCACGCUGAGCAGUUUCAUCUACUUCCCAGCAAUUCCCACGUUAUCGAAAGAAUUGGGAGUGUCUGUCAAUAAGAUCGACUUGACCGUGACGACGUACAUGGCGGUCGCUACUUUCUCGCCUAUGCUGGUAGCUGACGCAGCAGAGAUACUUGGACGGCGGCCAGUGUAUGCUGUCACUUUGACCGUGUAUUUCAUCGCGAACCUUGCUAUUGCGUUGUCGAAGACAUAUCCGGCGCUUCUUGCUCUUCGCGCAUUGCAGGCUUUGGCCAUCUCUGGUACAUUCUCGAUAGCAUAUGGCGUUGUCGUUGACAUUGCGUCACCUGCAGAAAGAGGUUCUUUCGCUGCACUAGUAUCCUUCGCGUUCGUCAAUCCUUCCGAUGUCAAGACACAGAAUCGCUCAUAG